AUGGGUAAAGCUACCACUAGAAAGAGAUUUAACACUUCCAACAACUCAACGGAAAAACAAGUUUCUGCAUCUGCGGCAAAUACUGUUUUUAAAUUCAAUACCAAUUUGGGUCAGCAUAUUUUAAAAAAUCCACUAGUGGCACAAGGUAUUGUAGACAAAGCACAAAUUCAACCAAGCGAUAUAGUACUGGAAAUUGGUCCAGGUACAGGUAAUUUAACAAUGAAAAUAUUGGAAAAAGCACGUAAAGUUAUAGCUAUUGAAUUUGAUCCAAGAAUGGCUGCCGAAUUAACUAAAAGAGUACAUGGUACCAUAUAUGAAAAAAAAUUAGAAAUUAUAUUAGGUGAUUUUAUUAAAUUGGAAAAGUUGCCUUAUUUUGAUGUAUGCAUUUCCAAUACGCCGUAUCAAAUUUCAUCGCCAUUGGUUUUUAAAUUGAUCAACCAAGUGCCGGCCCCACGUUGCUGUAUAUUAAUGUUUCAAAGAGAGUUUGCUCUUAGAUUACUAGCUAGACCUGGCGAUCCAUUAUAUUGUAGAUUAAGUUGUAAUGUGGCUAUGUGGUGUAAUGUUACUCAUGUAAUGAAAGUUGGUAAAAAUAAUUUUAGACCGCCACCAAAAGUGGAAAGUAGUGUUGUUAAGAUUGAGAUGAAACAGCCUAAACCAAAUAUAGAUUAUAAUGAAUGGGAUGGCUUGUUAAGAAUACUUUUUGUCCGUAAAAAUAGAACUAUCAGUGCUGAAUUUAAAAGUAAUACUAUUUUGGAAUUAUUGGAAAAAAAUUACAAAGCUUAUAUGUCUAUCCAUGGCGGAGACGAUAACAAUAUGGAUUUAGAUGAUACCAAUAAUAGUGUUAAAGAUAUUAUAAAGGGCAAGAUUGACACUGUUUUAAAUGAAACUCAGUUGAGCGAUAAAAGGUCUCAGAAAUUGGGCCAAAAUGAUAUAUUGAAGUUGUUGUAUGCUUUUAAUCAAGUUGGUAUUCAUUUCGCGUGA